AUGCAAAUUUUGCUACAUUUUCUGGCUUUGAACAGUGACAUGACUUUAAAAGUUUAUUUUUUUAUUCUGUCACAACUUUUGCUGAUUGAAAAAAUCAGUAGUGGUGGUGACACCGUAUGUGAGAAUGAAAAAUGUGUGUGUACUGACGGAUGCCACGAGGUUCUUCAGAAAUAUAGAAAAGAUAGUCUGGAGAUUAGUGAGACUCUGAAAUUAGUACAAAAUAUAUUAAAAAAUCCAAGUGACGAAGACAUCGAAGCUUUGAAGAUAAGAAACUUGUAUAUUAAAGGAAAAAUUACUGAGUUAUGGGAACUUUUCACUAAAAUCCAAGGAAUGAAGAAUGCCGAUUGCAGCCAAUGUGUUCUUGAAAAAAUUAUUAAAUCAAUGAGAGAUGAUUUCACGAAGAAGAUUGAAACUUUAGCAAAUAUAGAGAAACGUUUUGGUCUUUAA